ACGGCUGCAGACAGAAACCGCUUCGGGUUGUGCGCUCGGGGCUAUUGUGGGGGACGCAGGCAGAAUAGGACAAAGAGGUAACUCAGGCUGCAGGAAGUGGGGGGAGAGGGGGCAGGUGCACAGCUGGGAGGCUCCGCUAUAGGCCUCAAUCCCAUUGGACAGGCACAGCCCAAGUAAGGCCACCCCCCAGCUUUGCAGCCCCUAUAAGACACCCGGAGCUCGGGCGCCGCCGGCUGAGUGCGAGAAGGGGUCUAGAUCGCCUGGUUCCCCGGUGCUCCUGGGGAAUGUCCGCUGAAGAGAAGAGCCCUGAUUCCUGGCCAGCUGGACUGCAGCUGAAGAGCCCCCCAUACACCUUCCACUCCAGCCUGGAGAUGCAGGGGCCUCCUCCCUCCAGCCGCAAGCUGGUGAUCCUGACUGUGGGGGCGGUCGCGGUCCUCACCGUCAGCAUCGUAGGGGUCCUCGUGGCGACGUAUCUGGGGCGAGCUACCUGCAUCCAGCGAGAUGCCUACGGCUACCUGCCUACGCAGGUGAACGUCCAGAACGAAGCGUCGCUGCUCCUGGCUCUCAGCGAGCUGGGAGAACAGGGGGUCGCGCCAGGGAUAACCUGCGACCUGAGAAACCACCUGAUGGUGUAUCACGGGCAGCCAGAAGGGUGCGUGGCCCGGAAGAUGGAACCCUCCGACCAGCUGCCAUCCUGCCAGGAGCUGGAAAGCUACUUCCAGGCUGUAUUGAGAAACGCCACCCUGGGGAUUACCUCGGAUGUUCAGAGCAUGGGGACCGGCUCCCUGGGCAGCCUGACCACCCUGCUGUGCAGCAACAAACCCACGUAUUUGAUCACAGCCUUUGCACCUUCCCCCAGGCAUCACAUAAGCAUGGCUGCUUAGCAAGCCCGCAGCUCACGCAGGGAACACCAGACUGCAAAUCCAGCUGUCCCGACUUACUGUAUUAAUUCCAGCUGCAUCCAUCUGGGAUGGCCACGCACACGUCUAGGAGUUUCUAGCCUUGGGUUCUAUAUUUCGGGGGAGAACCGACAACUAACGAGCGUGGGAUUCUGUAUCACUGCUUUGCCCGAGAUAAUCAGUAGCAAUAAAAUACAGAGAUGUGACAAGUUGCCGAGUUACCCGUAGCAUCACCAUGUAUCGAACUAAUCAACUCAGAAGCAAAAGCCAGUCUGCAGAGAUUCUUCAUUACGUUGUCAUUCACAUGGGUUUGGUGCCUCCGUAGCACCUUCUGUACUACAGGAAGCCCUCGGUGGGGAUACGAGGAAGAUAUAUUAAUGACUGACAGUGAUCAAUAAAGAG